AUGAAAGACUAUAGACCAAUCUCUUGCUGCAAUGUGUUAUACAAAGUAAUCUCGAAGAUCAUCGCAAAUAGGUUGAAGAAAAUCCUCCCGGAUCUUAUUUCUCUGAAUCAAUCGGCCUUUAUCAAAGACAGAUUACUAGUGGAGAAUCUGCUACUAGCUACUGAGUUGGUUAAGGACUAUCAUAAACACUCCAUCUCUUCUCGAUGCGCGAUAAAUAUUGAUAUUUCAAAGGCUUUUGAUUCUGUUCAAUGGUCUUUCUUGCUCAACACGCUAUCCGCGAUGAACCUCCCGGCAACGUUCAUUCACUGGAUUUCUCUAUGCAUCACCACUGCCACCUUCUCGGUCCAAGUCAAUGGAGAAUUAGCGGGUUUCUUCAGAAGUGCAAGAGGCCUACGACAGGGACGUUCUCUCUCACCUUACCUCUUUAUCCUCAGUAUGAAUGUUUUGUCCAAAAUUCUUGAUAAGGCGGCAAGCGAUCGAGUUAUUGGCUACCAUCCUCGGUGUCAAAAUGUCGGACUAACUCAUUUGAGUUUUGCAGAUGAUAUUAUGGUGUUAACAGAUGGGAAAAUAAGAUCGGUGGAUGGAAUCAUCAAGGUCUUCGAUGACUUUGCAAAAAUGUUGGGACUCAAAAUCAGCCUUGAGAAGUCGACUAUUUUUUUGGCGGGUGUAUCGAAUCAAAUAAAGGAGGAUAUGGCGCUGUGUUUUCCUUUCACCGUGGGGCAACUGCCAGCUCACUACCUUGGUCUGCCUCUGCUUACUAAGUGCAUGUCAUCGCAUGACUAUCUCCCUCUGAUCGAAAGAAUCAGGAAGAAGAUCACCUCCUGGACAGCAAGAUUUCUCUCUUUUGCAGGUCGGCUGCAACAUAUCGCCUCUGUGAUUCAAAGCUUAACAAACUUCUGGCUCUCUGCAUUUCGUUUGCCAUCAGAAUGCUUGAAGGAGAUCGAGCGCCUCUGCUCUGCUUUUCUCUGGUCUGGCCCGACUCUAAGCUCUCACAAAGCUAAGAUCUCGUGGUCGGAGGUGUGCAAACCAAAGCGGGAAGGAGGACUUGGACUUCGACCGCUAAAGGAAGUCAAUGCUGUUAGCUGUCUUAAAAUGGCUUGGAGGAUCCUCUCAUCAACUAACUCUUUGUGGGUGAACUGGAUUAAAGCUUAUUUAAUACGGCAAGACUCAUUUUGGACAGUACAGUUAUCUACUAAUAUGGGGUCUUGGAUGUGGAGAAAGAUAUUGAAGUACAGGGAUAAGGCAAAAAGGUUUUUCAAGAUGGAUGUACGCAACCGUGGCUCAGGCUCUAGCAAUGAGAAUGACAAGAAGACGGCACCAUCGUUCAGACAUUUUAAACUAAAUCGAAACGCUACUCAAUGCAUACCGAGCUUGUGGGAGACCGGGACUGAGAACAGUUGGCAUCGUGGAAUCUGGUUCCGCCACUCCACGCCGAAGUACGCUUUCUGUGUUUGGCUUGCUAUCCAUAAUAGGCUGUCUACUUUGGAUCGUAUGCAGAUGUGGAAUACUGGGAUUAUUACAACAUGCACUCUCUGCCACACGCCAUCGGAGACACGAGACCAUCUCUUCUUCUCCUGUCGCUACUCGGCAGAAGUUUGGGGUGCCUUAAGCAAAGGCUUGCUCAAAAGAAGGUACACAACCGACUGGACAAGUCUAAUCUCUUUCAUCUUAGACACAGACCAAGAUAGUAUAACCUUACUGCUUGCUCGAUACGUUUUCCAAACAACCACUCAUGGUAUAUGGGGAGAAAGAAAAUUCCCGACGCCAUGGCGAGAUCCCAACCCUUCCGAACCAGCUGAUCCUUCUUAUAGACAAGAACGUUCGAAACCGUAUUCAAACCAUCAGAAACAUGGGUGA